GAGCCAUAAACCUCAACCCAAACCAGUGCCAGCCUUUCUUCUUCCUCGACUCCCAGGUACCAGCACCAACAGGUAGCGAGCUAGCCAUGGCGUCCUCCAAGCCCCUUGCCCUCCUGCUACUCGUGGCUCUGUCGGCGACGGCCAUGUCCGCUGCCGGUCAAGGCUGCGACGGCCACAAGGUGACGGUGCAGAACCUGUGUGGCCACGACCUCAACCUGGGCAUCAACGCGGUCGCGAACAGCAAGAUGCUCUUCCCCAACGGGUGGCUGCUCCCCAACGGGAAGCACGAGUCGUUCGACGUGUGCGCGUGGUCGGGGAGCGUGUCGGCGCAGGGCGCCGCCGUGGCCAAGUUCCACAUCGGCCAUGAGGGCGGUGCGUACUACGAGGUGAGCACCGACCAGGCGAGCAUGCCCAUCCGCGUCUCCGUCACCCCGCACGGCAGCCCGCUGCAGGGCCACUGCCCCACCGCCGGGUGCAACAGCGGCAACCACUGCUUCGAGCACUCCGUCCCCGGCGGCAACUGCCAUGGCGUCUCCGAGAUCAAGAUCAUCUACUACAACCCAUAGAUGAUAGAUCGAUCGUCCGCCUACGUAGUACGUAGCUGCUGCGCCUACUAGUGUUGAAUAAUGCUGCAGCUAAGCUCGAUCGUCAGUGGCGUUCCACCGACGAGGUUGUGUACCGUCGUCAGUCGUGCAGUGUCGGAUUUGCAGUUUAACUACUAUUUUGUGGUA